UGGGGCGCGGCGGCGGCGGCGGCGGUGGCGGCGGCGAAGGCGGCGGCGGCGGCGGCUGGGUCGGGCCCCGACGGGCGGCGGCGGUUGAGGAGGAGGCGGAGGGCGGCGGCGGCGGCGGGAAGAUGGCGGCGCCCGUGCUGCUGAGGGUGUCGGUGCCGCGAUGGGAGCGGGUGGCCCGGUACGCCGUGUGCGCCGCCGGGAUCCUGCUCUCCAUCUACGCCUACCACGUGGAGCGGGCGAAGGAGCGCGACCCCGAGCACCGCGCCCUGUGCGACCUGGGGCCCUGGGUGAAGUGCUCCGCCGCGCUCGCCUCCAGAUGGGGUCGAGGAUUUGGUCUUUUGGGUUCCAUUUUUGGAAAGGAUGGUGUAUUAAACCAGCCAAACAGUGUCUUUGGACUUAUAUUUUAUAUACUACAGUUAUUACUUGGCCUGACAGCGAGCGCAGUCGCAGCUCUGAUCCUCAUGACGUCCUCCAUCGUGUCUGUGGUGGGGUCCGUGUACCUGGCCUACAUCCUGUACUUUGUGCUCAAAGAGUUCUGCAUCAUCUGCGUCACCACGUACGUGCUGAACUUCAUCCUUCUCAUCGUCAACUACAAACGACUAGUUUACUUGAACGAGGCCUGGAAACGGCAUCUGCAGCCCAAGCAGGACUGACCCCCUGGCCAGCUCUUAACUGACAGUCCGACGUCCCUUUUCCAUUAAGUUUAUUUUGCAGCAGGUUUUUGUUUUCAUUUUUUGAUUUUUGUUUUUGUUUUUGUUUUUUUUUUUUUAAAUUCGUCACAACAGACACUUUCCCUAAGAAUCUUAAACUGAUUUUUUAAAAUACUGUAAAUUAGAAGGGGCCCUAGCUAUUUUCUGUCAGUCUUCAUUUUAAAUAUGGAUACAAAAAAAGGACAUGCCGAGCCAAUCAAAGACAAGCUUUAACUUUACUUUGAAGAUGUUUCUGAGAUAAUAAAACAUAGCCCUAGCCCCCUUUCCUCAACUGUAAAGUGAGCAACCAUUGCUAGUAAUUCUUUAAUGUGUAUGAAUUCAAUUUCAGGUAUAACAAAUGUGAUCAUGACAUGAAAAUAUUUUAGAAUAGAUACUGUAUUAAAUAUUGCCAUGUUUACAAUAUGUAAUAUGUUUUUAGCUGAUGGAUUUAAACAUGUAGAUUCAACUAGAAUCCAUUUCUGUGAUAUUUGUAAAUAAAGGUAGAAAUAUUGGAUCCAUCCCUGCAGAACUUACUGUAGAGUUUAGUUGAAGAGUAGCAAUGAAGAGUUGUGAGCUCGAUGUUGGCUGGUGAGACAGUGGAGACAGUGAGCCACACAGAGCACCUUGUGGAAGCACUGACAGCCCUGGGCGCAGCACUGGCCACAAAGGGAUAGGUGGUUGGUCCCUUUCAUCUUCCUGCUCUGGAAGGAAGAGACUGAACUGAACGUUCAAGUCACAUUUGUGUCUAGUCGUAAAACUGGAUCAGUUGUAACUUACAGAAUGUGUCAUGUGACCAAAUCUUCACGUCAAAGCCUUCAGGACACUAAUGGGAGAAAAACUGGAAAUACCAAUGUGGCAUUUUUAGGUAGAGCCUCUAAAGAGUUGGAUUUUCAGUGCAGAUGUUUCCCUUGAUAUUGGUGCCAGUCAGCCAAACAGUAUUGUGACUUUGGAAUACCAGUGUAAGCCCCGCUGCCCUGGCAGGAUUGCUCCUGCAGCUGCAUGUCCCCUGUUUCCUUCUACACCGAGGACUGCUGGUCACUGUUGGAGGGUCAGAGCCUGGGUCUGCCAGUGAUAAGGCUGACGCUGGCCAGUUUGCUUACCUGGGAGAAGUACUACAGGCAGGACUGUCUGAAAGGGGAAUGCAGGAAUGUCAUCACUGCUCUUUCUCAUAACGACACAAUGCAGUAAGAAUCUUUCAAGGUGAUUUGAAUAAGCCCAAAUGAAAUUGUGACAAUAUGCCUCCCUGGCUAACAUCUUAUAUCAGAAUGUUAAAAGUGCCUUCUGUCUUAAAUCUCAAACCAAAUACUUGUGUGUUGAACCUGGGCAGAAGUGUCCUUCCUUCCUUACUGUGAAGUAGAAAACUUGCAUUCUACAGAAAGGUUCCAUAUGGUCAUUUUACUCCUUAGAUUGAGAAGUAGCAGCGAUGUUUUUGCUUGCGAUUUGAUUAAUCAUUGUGUUAAAAAUAGCCAGUCAGAAGAGUAACCAAGUGCUUUAUUUGGCUUCUUUUUGAAGGAGGGGACAGGCUCUGCUCGGUAAACUAAAACAUGUGGAGUCAGCAGUUGUGGAUUAGUUUACAGCUAACUGCCAUAACCGGCACACCACGGGUCUCCUGGCCCACCGCAGGAGUGAAAUCUGAACGGUAGUGAACUCUUCAGAGGUGUUCAGAUUUCACAGAGGCUCAUGUUUUCCCAUGAAUGUGAACAUUUCAGCGCUGUCUUGUGUGUUUUGUAGUUGUGUUUGUAAGCACUUGCAGAACUCGAGAAAGCAGAGUGAGUGUCCUGCACUUUCAGAGAAGCAGGUUUCAUGUUUGAGAGCUGUAAGUGAGGUCACCACAUAGCGGUCACACGCUGGCUUUCUUUCUAAGUUGGAGUGGGAAUGGUUAGUGGCUAAGACUUGUGGCACCAGGUGGCUAUGCCGACAGGUGCCUGAUUCCCCAUUUUAAGCCGUCUUUGAUCACAUUCUGUGUCAGCAGAGUACAGUUAAAGCUUGUCUUGAUGCUGCAUCCUGGGAGAGGCCUGCAACCAUGAGAAAGCUGCAGAAGUGCAGCCAGAUCCUUCACGUUUCCCUUGCUUUCCUGCGCCUCGGGGAAAGCACUGUUUCAGCUGUAUAAAAACUUUUGCCACAUUCCUAUGCCCCAGAAUUAAUGCCCUUUUUCUCACUGAGAUGAAAAGGUGCUGCCUGAAAUAACAGCAUUUGCUGAAAUGUCAUUGUCUCAGUAAGCAACAGAAAACAAACCCUGUUGCGUGUCACUUGGCUUUGUUUGCUCUAGAAGAAUUUAGGCUCCCUGCACACCUUCUACUCCACCCAGAAGAGAGGGACACUGUGUUAUAAAAUCUGAAGAUUGUUAUGAUCUGCAGAGUUUAGAUUGAAUAUUGAAACACUGCAGCAUCUUAAGUCACCCAUGUUGAAAGACAGACUGGGGGGGGAAAUGAUUUUAGCAGUAAUUCAUGCUUUGUGUUUUUGAAGUGGUUCGUUAAUAAACAAAGCCUUUUGUUUACUUAAUAGUCAUAAGUACUUGAGGAAAUAAGUAAGGUUAGAUGAUGAAUUCUAGGGACUCAGUGGUCUGGAGGAUUUCAUUUGGGUUUUCACUGCAGCUGGUUGCUGUCAGUGAGGGUGAACUUCUGAAAAACUCAGAUUUAACUAGCUGGGUGCCAGGAUAAAUAUAGCCUCUCCUCCAGUUCACGACUUCAGAAGAAUGUUGAAAGCAUUGACUGUUUUCAUACAAAGAAACAAAGAUUCUUCAUUCGGUACAAAGGAUCUUUGGAACUCUUAGGUAAGAUUUAGUACCAAGACUAAAGUAAAAUUAAAAGUAUUUGCUGGCUUUGUUUGCUUGCUUUGUUUUCAAGAGACUGUUGUUUUGAAUGUGCAAAGAAAUCUUCAGCAGUUACUUCUUAACUCUGGCAGGCUCCACUGCUUGGUGCCAGUGAGCACGACGGCAGUCUCACCUUAGGUCAGCGCUGGGCAGUGCCACUGUCACUCCUGGAACCCACGAGGGGCCAGCACCUGCCCGCAGCCCUGGGCCUCCAGAAGCACUCCCGUGAGACAUUCUAGGCAGCACUUAUGAAUCCUGACUUGUGAGAACAACUCUUUAGUAAAACGGGGCGGGGGUGGGAGUCCCAGCUACUCAAUUAGACAUCUUUUUUCCUUUCUUUUUUUUUUUUUUUUUUUUUUUUUUUGACAAAUUAGCCCGAAAAAGGUGAAAUGUUUUGUUAUGAACCUGUAUUAAGCAUGGCCUAAGGAUUAGGUGUCUGAUCUGUAUAGUAUGUUCCAUCAAAAAUAUUUAUUACUAGUGCUUUAUGCUCCUGAGUAAACAUUCAUUUUAAAUGGAGUUCACUGGGCAGAAUUUCCCCUUUAAUAUAGAUAGAAACAUUCUUUAUCAGAGAUUUAGGACACCAUUUUGCUAACUGGUAAAUAAAAACAAAUGUAAAUAUGUAAGAAUGUUUAUUUGUUGCACAUAACUUUUUGGUAUAAAAUAAAUGUAGAAGUUACCUGUGGAAGUUGGCUGCCCUUGUUCUUGUGCUACAACAUUAAAUUUUUUAAAA